AGUAAGUUUUUUUUUCUUUCUUCUUCACUCUUUACAUUAACUUGAACAACCAUGGUCUUCCUAUCUCGCGCAAUUGCUGCUGAUCCCAAAGAAGACACCAGUAACCAACCCCCUUCAGAUGAAUUUCACGAAACUACUAUUUAUGGAACCCGUUGGGCUUCCAAGGAUAUCCCGAGAUAUGAAAUGCCUGAUGAGGAGAUGCCAGGAAAUGUUGCUUAUCGCAUGAUUAAGGAUGAGCUUGCUCUUGAUGGCACACCUGCUCUCAACUUGGCCACUUUUGUUACAACUUUUAUGGAAGAUGAAGCUGAAAAAUUAAUGACGGAGAAUCUUUCAAAGAACUUUAUUGAUUUCGAAGAGUAUCCUCAGACUGCAGAAAUUUCGAAUCGUUGUGUUAAUAUCAUUGCCCGACUUUUCCAUGCACCCAUGGAUAAUCCCGAAGCAGAAGCUAUUGGUACAUCCACUGUGGGCUCCUCUGAAGCCAUUAUUUUAUCCGUCUUGGCAAUGAAGCGUAGAUGGCAACAUGCAAGAGAGGCAAAGGGUCUGCCUACAAGUAAACCUAAUUUAAUUAUGGGUGCUAACUAUCAGAUUGCAGUCUAUAAGGCAGCAAAAUAUUUGGAUAUUGAACCUCGCGCAGUUCCUGUUACUGAAGAUUGUCUAUAUAUGAACCCUAAAACAGCCGUUGAUUGGGUAGACGAAAAUACCAUCGGUGUUGUCUCCAUUCUCGGUUCAACGUAUACUGGACAUUUUGAGGAUGUAGAAACUUUGAAUAAGCUUUUAGACGAAAAAUGUAAAAAGAACGAUUGGGAUAUUGGUAUUCAUGUUGAUGGUGCUAGUGGUGGUUUCGUCGCCCCAUUUGUAGCUCCUGAAAUGGUUUGGGAUUUCCGAUUAAACCGUGUCUUCUCUAUCAAUGUAUCUGGUCACAAAUAUGGACUUACAUAUCCUGGUAUCGGCUGGGCUAUCUGGAGAAGCAAAGAAUACUUACCUGAAGAUCUUGUUUUCACCGUCAACUACCUCGGUUCAGAACAAGCCACAUUCACACUUAACUUCAGUAAAGGUGCUGCCAAUGUUAUUGCUCAGUACUACGUUCUGAUUCGUUUGGGCAAGAUUGGAUUUACACAUAUUAUGCGCAACUUGGUUAGCACGGCGGAUUACCUGAGCGAGAAACUGGAAGCUUCUGGCCAAUUUAAAAUUUUAAGUGCAAGGGCUGGAAAAGGUUUACCUUUGGUUGCUUUUAGAUUAAAGGGUGAUAAGCUAUACAAUGAGUUCGACGUUUCUGCCAAGCUUCGUGAACACGGCUGGAUUAUUCCUGCUUACACUAUGGCUCAUGAAUGUGAACACAUCAAGCUACUUCGCGUCGUUAUUCGCGAAGAUUUCUCUCGUAAUCGUUGUGAAUUGCUUCUGCGUGACCUCAAGUCGACUAUUGAUGCUUUGGAUAAGGUGAACAAAGAUCAACUUGAUCUUCAUCGUGAGAACCGUAAGGGUAGUGCUAGACAUCAUCACCACGCCAAUUUCAAGGGUCACAAAUCUGACAAGAAAGAUCCCAAGAAACACGAUGUUCCGGGUGUCUGCUAAACACACUUCAUUCUCUCGAUUUUCGUAUAUUCUCCGUGGUUUUAUCAACCUAAACUCUUUGAAGCUCAUUAUGUAUACAGAUCAUAAUUGUACUACAAUUAGACGCCGCAACGUGCAUUUGAAUAAAAAAAAAAAACUCACAAAAAGACCCAAUCUUAUUCGUAGGCUUUGUA